AUGGAAUUGGAAAAAUCGUCACCCUUGGGUUACAUAUUCGUCAUGUAUUUGGCUGUGUUUCGAGUGUGUCCUAUUGGGACUUAUGCCGAGGAUUACUCUUCAAUGAAUGGUCGUUUUAAUGGAAUUAGAUUACAGAAAAUCCCUCGGGACUCCCCUUCUUAUCCGUUCGAUUCAACCUAUCAAUUAUUACUUAAAAGCAAGCAGCACGCAGAAAACAAGGCCCAAUAUCAAUUUGGUUCAAACAUUGAGGAUGAUUUGUCUAAUAAUCAGGAGAACAGGGGAAGGAAAAGAUCAUCAAAUCUUUACUUUCAGUCCUCCAGGGAUUUAAAAGCAGAAAGUGGCCAUCUUGUUUCUAAUGAUGUUUACAAUGGUAUUACAUACAAUGAGAAAUACAAUUAUAUCCAGAGACCACGAUAUCCCUUCAACUGUUCAAAUAUACACGAUAUUAAAAUCAAAAAGAAAAUUGGACAUGGAGUUUCCAAGCAGACAUUCCUCGGUGAUUACCAAGGUCAACAUGUGGCGGUAAAGAUGGUCACCCGACAUUUGCGUGACGUUCGCGAAUGUUUCGAGGAUUUGAAGAAAAGGAAAGCGGAUACUCCUCAAAUGAAAUCAAAAUGCUUUGCCAUUCCAACAAUGAAAUUAAUGAAGGAAAUUCUGUUAUUAGAACAGAUCAAUCACCCAAAUUUAGUUCAAUUAUUAGGUUAUUGUGUACGUAGUGAAGAAAGUGACUCAACAGAUAUCUCCGAACACGGAGUCGUAGCCGUUUACGAAUACGGACAACGUUUUGUUGUAGACAGUUUACAACUGGAAUCAUGGCAACUCCGUCUUCAACAAGCUAUAGAAUUAGCAAACUUUCUAGAUUAUUUGGAGAAUUCCCCACUCGGGUCCCUUAUCGUGCCUGACUUUAAAGAGGGACAUUUUCUGUUUGUAGACAAUUCAAUAAAAAUGAUUGAUUUAGACGAUAUAAAUAAUAUAGAACCGCAGUGUGGUUUACAACCAAAACACCAAUCUGAUUGUGAAUAUGAUUUGAAAUGCCAGCGAGCUCAAUGUUUAGGUUUCAAUGCUAAAACGAAUAUGAAACAUAUGAAUAGGUUGUUAUUUAAAAGACUGCUAUUUCCCCUCACAUUUCCAGAUAGUAUUAUUAAAGACAUUGGACAAGUGAAUGCAGAACUUGAUUCCUUGAAUUAUAGUGGUAGGCAAUUAUUUUAUGAACUAAAAACUUUACAGACCGUGGCUGAAAAUGUUGAACAUAAACAAUCAUAG